AAUUUUGAUGGUUAUGUGUACGAUGAACUUUUUGAAAUUACAAAAAUAUCUUUAUAAUUACAUGUAAAAUAACUAAACUAAGAUGGAUUAAGCGUUUGUAAUAAGUGUAUUCGAUAGUUUUUGUAAAUAACAAAAUCAAUAUCAAUUAUUUGAGAAUAAUCACAUGGUUAUCUUCGAAUAAAACACACUAUUCUUUCAAUCAAAAUUCUUUAUUUACAUAGUUCCUGAAAAUACUAUCAAUCGGAAUGACUAGUUUAAAAAGCUGAAAACUAUUUAUAACCAUGAUAUAACUCAUUUAUACUAAAGUAUGACUAAAAGUAAUUGAAUUACAUUGGAAUAGAAAUUUUUCGGUGUGACAGUGGCAUGUUGAUUAUUGAAAUAAAGUAGUGAAAUUAAUUCAAUUUUUUUAACAACAAUAUUAGUUAACAAUGGAUCCAAUGACUGAUAAUAAUGAUAAGAAUGUUAAACAAAUUUCUCAUUAUGGUUUCAUUGUGCCAUUAAACCACAAAUAUCCAGAAAAAUGGAAGCAAACAUUACGAGUGCGAUGGAGAGAAUUUUUUCGAAUGAUACCGUUAGCAUUACGGUAUUGGUAUUAUUACUGGCAGAUAACUCGACAAGGACGCAUGGUGUUAAUGGAUUUUUUGAGUCCUUUAAAUGGCCAACAGAUUUAUGGUGCACCAAUAGGUGGACUUGGAGCUGGAACAAUCGGCCGUGGAUUUAAAGGAGAGUUUUGUAGAUAUUCAUUAAUUCCGGGGAUUUAUCAGUAUGAUACAGUGUUUACUAAUCAAUUUAUUGUUACUAUUCGUGAUACUAAUGGAAAGACUAUAUAUCAUCAAGUAUUAUCGCCAGCACCAAAAGGCAAAUAUUUAUCGUCAUGGAAAUGGGGAUUUAACGGAAAAAAUGCUAAGUAUACUGCAUUGUAUCCACGAUCAUGGACAGAAUAUAACAUAAUUGAAGUUGGCAUUAAACUUAUUUGUCGACAAAUAUCUCCAAUAAUACCAAAUAAUUACAAAGACAGCUCGUUACCUUGUGCUGCUUUUAUUUGGGAAAUCAUAAAUGAAGAUAAAGUGGAUUUAGAUGUUAGUAUAACUUUUACAUUUCAAAGUGGAACGGGUAGUUCAGCGAGUUCAGAUGAAAAAUGGACAGAGUAUUUUGAAUCUAAGAAUAAAGUUAUGGGGGUGAUGAUACAUCAAGAAUUGAAGGGUAUGCCUUGCACGUAUGGUAUAGCGUCAAAAGCUAGUGUAGACGUUGACAUUUCACGAAUGUUGGUAUUCAAUCCCUUUGGCGAUGGUCGAGACUUGUGGGAGUCUCUUGAACGUUCAGGCAAACUUGGUAUUGAUCGUCAAGAAAAAUCUGCUCCAACAAAAAAUCAUGUCGCUUGUGCUGUUUGUGCAUUUGUACGUGUCCAGUCAAACAAGUCGCGUGAGAUAGAGUUUAGUUUAGUUUGGGAUAUGCCAAAAAUACGAUUUCAUAAUGGACUAAAAGAAUAUUUACGAUAUUAUACCAAAUAUUUUUAUAAUGAUAAGCAAUCUGUAGCACCGGAUCUCUGUUAUUACACUUUAAUGCAUUACAAUGCCUGGGAAUCUGAUAUAUACAAUUGGCAACGACCUGUAUUGGAAGAUAUUGAUUUACCUGACUGGUAUAAAAGCGCGUUGUUCAAUGAACUAUAUUAUGUAGCAGACGGAGGUACUGUUUGGUUAAGAAAGGAUGAUAAUGACCAAUUUUCAAAUACCGAUCCAAGAAAUGAAUAUGGGCGGUUUGCAUAUUUAGAAGGUCAUGAGUAUAGAAUGUAUAAUACUUAUGAUGUUCAUUUUUAUGCUGCAUUUGCUUUGGCACAGCUGUGGCCAAAUUUACAAGCGAGUGUACAAUACGAAAUUAGAGAUGCAAUCCAAUUUGAAGAUUCUUCUCUACGAUUAAUUUUAUAUGAGGGAAUAUAUUGUGAACGAAAAUCCAAAGGUUUCGUGCCUCACGAUAUUGGAGAUCCAGAUGAAGAAGCAUUUAAAUUAAUAAAUGCAUAUCCCAUUCAUGAUGUUGCGCGUUGGAAAGAUUUAAAUUCCAAGUACAUUCUAAGUUGUUACAGAGAUUAUUGUAUUUCUGGUAGGAAAGAAUUUCUUCAAGAUGUUUGGUCGAAUAUCCAAGAGAUUUUAUCGAACAGUCUUAAAUGGGAUACUGAUAAUGAUGGUCUCAUAGAAAAUACUGGAUUUCCUGAUCAAACUUACGAUACUUGGAUAAUGGAGGGUCCAAGUGCUUAUUGCAGUAGUCUAUGGUUAGCAGCACUUCGUUGUGCUAUUGAAAUUAGCAAAAUUAUUGGAGAUAUUAAAAUUGGAAAUAAGUAUUCAGAAGUAUUGGAGAAGGGAAAGGUUUCGUUUCAAGAAAAGUUGUGGAAUGGACGUUAUUACAACUUUGAUAGUAGCAAAUCGGAUCACAGAAAAUGUAUUAUGAGUGACCAACUUUGCGGCCAAUUAUUUCUUAAAGCCUGUGGAUUCGAGAACGAAGUUUUCCCUGAAAAUAGAGUUAAAUCAGCUUUAAAAACUAUUUUCGAAAAUAACGUGAUGAAAUAUAAGAAUGGAAAUCAGGGUGCAGUGAAUGGUUUCCUUCCUAAUGGCCGAGUAGAUACUAUGACUGUACAAAGUGAGGAAAUGUGGACUGGAGUUAGUUAUGGACUAGCAGCACUGAUGAUACAUGAGGGCAUGAUUGAGGAAGGUUUUCGUACUGCAGAAGGUGUUUAUCGUACAGUGUGGGAGAAAAUCGGUAUGGCCUUUGAAACACCCGAAGCACUUUAUGAAAAUGAUGCCUACAGAUCUAUUGGCUAUAUGAGACCCUUAGCUAUUUGGGCUAUUCAUCAAGCCUGGACUUUAAGAAAACAAAAGUUGACCAAAUCAAACGAUAAUAUCAAUCAUUAAAUAAAUCAUUUUAUUAAAACGUCAAUAUAAAAAUAUAUAUUACAUUUUUAUACAUAUUUGUUUAUCUAUAUUAUUGUUCGAUAAGUUAUCUUCACAAUAAAAACACAAAUCAAGAU